UCAGGCUCUUCUUUACGACUUGCUGAACGUUGUAUGAGCUCCGAACGUUCAUUCUGGUGCUCGUAUUUGUACUUAUUUUUCGUCCAAAGGAAACGACGCUGCCUUGCGUGUGUACUCUCUGACGCGUAGCAGCGGCCCGGUGUUUGUUCUUCUUACCAAUGCCAUCAUCAGCAUUACACAGCACGUAUAUAUCGUAGAUGACUCAUUCGGCCGCGGCCGAGUGUAAUUGUGGGUAUAAAGGACGUGGAAGGAGUGUUUCUACGGUGCUAAAAACCAACAUGUCUACAUUCAAAGACCUCGGUAUUUCUUCUUCACAAUCCACCGUUACCGUCAAAGCCAUGGAUGUCGGCGCAUCAUCGACAUGUCUACCCGCGGAAGCCUUCAUAGAUCCUGUACUUCCAGGAUACGAAACGUUCAGCGUGCCAAUUUACGCUUUUCUCAUUGAACACGAACCCACAGGAAAGCGUCUCAUGUUCGACUUGGGGAUGCGCACAGACCAGGAGGGUUUCUCCCCUGCGAUCCAGCAAAUGCUGAAGUUGUGGAAGUCGCAAGGGUUCGAGAUAUCUGCUGAUAAGAGUGUUUCCGAGAAACUGCAGGAAGGCGGGGUCGACUCAGAGACUAUCAAUGCUGUUAUUUGGAGUCAUAGCCAUUUGGAUCAUUGUGGUAUCUUGCUAGGAUCCAUAAUUUGGUCGCUGUUUGGUGAUAUGUCGAAAUUUCCUAGCAGCACCGAACUUGUGAUUGGUCCCGGCAUGGAUACGCGCACCUUUCCCAGUACACUUGACUCUUCCCUCCUCGAAUCCGACUUCGCCGGACGAAAAGUAACGGAAUUGAACCUCACUGACUUCGAGGUUACCAUCGGGGACUACGAAGCUUUUGACUACUUUUCUGAUGGUAGUUUCUAUAUACUUAAUUCCCCAGGGCAUCAGCCAGGACAUAUCACUGCCCUCGCCCGCGUCACUCCGACGUCGUUCGUAUUAUUAGGUGGUGAUUCUUGCCAUCACCCUGGAGAGCUCCGGCCUACAGCUGACCACCACAAGUACUUCCCCUGCCCUGGGCGUAUCCUCGAGUCCCUGGGAGACAUUUCCAUCUCCUCGCGUACCACCCCUCUCCUCUCUGUUCCGUCUGGAUCACCAGUAUAUGCUGAUCGGGAGACUUCUCUCGCGACAAUCUCCAAACUCAGCAGGUUUGACGCUAAUCCGGAUGUCUUGGUAUUGAUCGCACACGAUUCCACCGCUCCCGGUGUAAUUGAUGAGUUUCCGACGAGUAUGAAUGACUGGAAGGCGAAAGGGUGGAAGGAUAAAUUGAUGUGGGCCUUUUUGGAGAAGGACAGCCCGGCAUUUAGAUUUGGUUAG